AACCGGAAAUAUCUUGUUCUUUUCCGUUCGAGACGCGAAUCGCUCAUUACUUCCCUUUACACAUCGGGGAACACUUCCGGUAAUCCGCGAGCAUCGCGAUUGUUCAGGGGCAAUCUGGUGGCUAUUACGUUCCUGAUUGGAGGUCGGAAGUUGAAGGUUGAAAGGCAUAUAGCGGCAUAGAUAAUACACACACAUACACAGUCAUGCAGACUGAUGGGCGCGGUACGUAAAUGAUGGGAGAUGUGGGUACAUGAUAUUCCUGAGACGACGUACGAGCCGGAAGUCGAAGAGGACGCGAGGAAAAAGCGCGAAUGUCGAGUCGUUCAGGAGGGUACGGCGUUGUGGAAGCUCCGGAAGGAGGAGUUGCAACGUCAAAAGCAUCGUGAACAACGUGAGCUGCAGAAAAUUCUGGCCAGUUGCUCGCCGUGGGGUAAACCAGGUGGCGGCGCGCCCUGUGCGGCGGCUCUAAGGAAGAAAAACAUACCUCUGGAUCCACUCGAGUUGCCGAGAAGAUGUCACAGUUACGGUCAGGGUUGGACGAACAAUUCGAUAAUCGACAAGCUAUACAAGAGAAACAUGAAUCCUCUGGCUGUUGCGGACAUGAAUAAAUUCUACGAUGACAAGGCGACGCCAGGUAUCGCAUCGGAAACACAGCCGUUGCAAGACUCGAGGAAUCCCUACAAGGAGGAAAUACAGGUGUACGAGCUCACGGGCGGUGUCGAAUUGGUACCUUUGUUAACUAGUAGACGCUAUCAAUCGAAUCCGCAGACCACACGCUACCUUGUCACGGAUGCCACUCGUCCGGGAUACAUGAUAGAAUCGCUUCGCGCGCUCGACAUCGCCAACCAAGAAUACAUCGCGGAUCUCGCCGAGCAGAUACGACGUAAACGAGACAGCGCGCUGGAGGAACGGCGAGUCGAACAAGAGAGUUGUCGCAGGCACAUCGAUACUUGGACAAGGCUAUGGGGUAGACCGGGUCACGGUGCCCCUAUAGAUCACGCCCAACGGAACAAUCUCUAUAACAUCCUCCAUCACUCGGCUAUCUAUUGAAUUUUCUCGUAAAACGUUUUGCUUUCAGUGCAAAAGCGGAGAAGCUCUCGUCUCUGUAAUGUUGUAUUUUAUUAUACGAAACGAAUAAGAUAGCUAUUAGAUACCGAUGACGCGAACAUAAGAUCAGUCGUUUCCGCAAGGGAUAGUAGUUAGGCAUAAAUAGUUUUUCAUUCUCUUCGAAGUAAAUGUAUGUGACGUGCAUUUAAUAACAUCAUCCCGUAUGCGAGCCGCUUUUGAAGUCAUGUCUCAAUCAGGUACUGCAAUACAUAAUGCAUUUAAAAUAUAAAUGCGAUUUGUUUUAUUACAGUAUUAACAAGAUUUUAGCGAACGUAAAUUAUAUCAUUCUCGGAAUAAGCUAUUUAUGGACGAGUGAUGUGUGUUAUAAAACGUCAUAAAAUAUGUUCUUGAAUUGAAUGAAAAACGUCAUCAACGCCUGCGAGCUUAUAAUUGGGAGUAUUUUCCGCCGUUGCUAAAAUCAAAUCUCAAAUGAAAUUAAAUGAAAGAGCCAGUGGAAGAUUAUAUGAGAAUGGAGCAGAGAAUUAUAGGAUAAAAAUAUGUUAGCAUCGGCGUUCUUUGUUUCUCAUGAAUCGACUUGACAUGAAAAAAAUGAAGAGUAUAUCGGAUAACCCAUUAAAUUUCAUGAAAGCCUUGCAGGAGAGAGUGAAGGGCAGCUUGAUAAACCAGAGCCAUGAGUGACGCCGCGAUUGACCAGGCCUCAAAGGAGCAAUCUCGUGAGAACCUAGUUGCUAUACGGGUCGAUAGGUUUUAAAUUUCAUGAACACCAAGGAACGGUCAUUUGAAUAUAUGUAUGUAUAGGUGCAUGUGAUAUAACGUACGGUGCCGUGAAAAGAAACGUUUCUCAUCAGUCAUCGUGUCAUCUCGAUACAUUUUGUGCUUCACUUUUUUGUGCUUUUAUAAAGAACAUCUAUUUAUAAUUUAAACUUUAUUUCGGAUGCUUCUGAAACGUAAACAAAACCUCAGAAAUUUUUAAUUUUAGAGCUAAAUAUAUAUAUCUUUUAUAAGAGGAUACCAAAAACGUUUUAUUAUAUACUAUUUGAAUUUAUCUGGAGUCUAUCUAUCUUUGGUAACUUAAAAUAACAUAUUUAAAAAGUCUCGUUAAUGUCGUAAUUACACAUACAAAUAAUUAAUGAUAUUUAAUAAUUUAUUAUGAAGCAAUAAAUAAAAUCAUAUUUCGCGCUGUGAAUUUAUAAUAAUACAAAGUAUUGAUUUUAUAUAUUAGUGAGAUUUUUCGGAACUGAGCUCAUAUAUUUUAUACGCUACUUUAAAAUAAGUGACCCAAAUCAAUUUCGAGAACAUCUGAUUUUUUUGUCUUUUGACACAUCAACAUUCAUUAAGAUACUUAAUUAAAUGCAUUAAAACUAUUUUUACAACAGAGAUGCGAAUCUAUUCGAAGACGAUAGAAUAACGAUCUGUUACCUGAAUAAAUUUUAUGUUUCAUAAAAGUCAACGGCAAAAAUAUCUUCCGCGCAUGUAAAAAUUAUCUGAGAAUUAUCAGCGCACAAAUCUAGUUUACCGUUCGUAAAAGUUGAGUAAGCCCUUUCUUUAUUGAUCCUUUAUGAAUAAAAUCUUUGCUUUCCAACUUACGAUUAGAUGCGAAUAUAGCACCGCGUUUCGGACGCGAAUCGUAAAUUAUCAAACUGCGCGACGCGUUUCCCGCGGUUAUAUCAGCCGAUUUGCGUAACACGUUAAUUAGACAUUAAGUGCUCGGUAACGGGGUACAAAGCCGGAAGAGUAACGGCAACGCCUUUAAUGGAUGUGGGUUAUUUAAUUUGCGCGGCUGCUGUUUGGCGGUGCGCCUCGGCGCGGUUUGUACGCGGAAAGGCGCACCUUCAUCCUGUUUCCGUCUGGAGAGCGUAGUUUCAGUUUUCCCAUCCUUCCACCGUCCCCGACGGUCCCUUCGCUCCCUUCGUCACCUAUCCACUCUCGGAGCACGGAGAGAGAAACGACCCACGAAAUCUCCUACCUUCGUCGUGCGCGCAUCUCUCGAUCCCUCCAACCAUCCCACCGCUGUAUUCCUUCCCCUUCCCUCUCCUCUCUCUCGCUCUCUUUGUCCUGUAUCCAUCCCUUUUCGCUAGCUACCAACCACUCGCGCUUUUGCUAUUGUCUGACUAUUGUGCCGCUGUUACCGCGGUGUGUCGGUCCGCUUGUAUAAGGGUGAUUCAUUUUCUGGGAAAUAUCAGUUCCUGCGCGCCGCAUGAAUUUCGACUCACGCGAGCGCGUAAAACCGCGCGUUCUGUGUGUAGUUCUCCCCCUCAUUC